GAGAUGAUCUUUCUUUCUUGUUACCGGCCCACGCCAUGGCAACCAUUGAUUUGUGAAAGAACCCAACAUUGGAGGAGAAGCUUUACGCGGGUCAUGUCUCCAUUAAUAAAUGAUACGGAGUGCCAAACCAGGAUCCCCUCUCAAUUCUCAUAGACCCAUUUGUCCAUUUUAAUUAGGCUAAAUGGGUGUCUGGGUGAAGGCGCUCAGGAAUAGUUUUCCCUAUUCUAGUGAUGAUGGUCAAUGCUAGUUACGCAGAAGCCCCCCUCCAAAGCAUAUAUGCGAUGCCGUGACCAUCACUUUUAUCGUGGCUUUCUUCUUUGUCAAGAAAUCCCUCUUUCAAAUUGGACGCACAACGGUCGCCCAUUCUGUCCCCUUCGGUUUAAAGCUAUCUUCUUUCGGUUCAUAGAGUCCAACGAUCAUACAGUUGGUGUGCAUUUUAUUCGAAAGCCUGCAAACGCAGCCUAGACGCAGUAGAUAUGGUGCUUCCUCUGGUAAAGCUCGGGACCCUCGCCCUAAAGACACUAUGCAAACCAAUCGCCGGUAGGCUUAAGAAAGAGGCCGGAUUGCAUCCCAGGUUCCGCCAGUUGAUUAUCAACUUUGCCCAGGCAAAUCAUCGGUUCCAAACAAACAUGCAAAGGCGCAUCUAUGGACAUGCAACUGAUGUUGCGAUCCGCCCUUUGAAUGAGGAGAAAGCUGUUCAAGCUGCUGCUGAUCUACUUGGGGAACUAUUUGUAUUUUCGGUAGGCUUCCUUCCCAAGUAUUCUUUUUAGGUUACCUGUAAAAGAAAUAUUACAUAAAUUAAAAUGCUGUGGUGUACUUAUUUA